AUUCCGAUCGGAAUCCAUUCCGACAUAUUUCAUGAUAGGUACCCAGAUCCUAAAUAGAGACUAGGUUGGGUUAGGUUACACUUUUUGUUGGCCUGGUUUGACUGUUGCAUUUGUAGUCUGUCACAAAUUGAUUGCAAUUUAGAACAAUUAUUAUUGUCUAUAUAUAUUGUAUAGAAUUCUGCGUGUGAAUGAUGGCGUCCAAAGUCACAUUCAGAAUCACUCUCACGUCCGAUCCUAAUCUGCCAUAUAAAGUACUUAGUGUACCAGAAAAUACUCCAUUUACUGCCGUAUUAAAAUUUGCUGCUGAGGAAUUUAGAGUGCCGCCAGCUACGUCGGCCAUAAUUACAGAUGAUGGAAUAGGUAUUAAUCCUCAACAAACUGCAGGAAAUGUAUUUCUUAAACAUGGUGCAGAGCUCAGGUUGAUUCCCAGGGAUCGCGUUGGAUACACUAGAUGAUUUAUGUAAUGUCGUAUUUAUUUUUACUGUAUCUUUGCAUACUGCAUAAAAAAAUUAUUAAAAAUUAUAAAAUUA